ACUUGCUUUGUACUAUCUAUCUGUAUCUACCAAUAAAUUAAUCAAAGCCUCAUUAACCGAACACACUUUCCUUAUUCGACGUUUACUAUAUAGCUCCUUCCUGCCUUGUUGAUACUGCGGCAGUUGCUUUGGAGAAGCAAAAAUGGCAGCUUCUAUCUUAUCCUCCUUCGCUCUUUUGCUGUUUCUUGUGGCUCUCUCCUCUUUUCACUCCCGGGUGAUCUCAACAGAACUAGAUUCCAAGCUGAAGCUGAACUCUAGGAUCCUUCAGGAGUCAAUAAUUAAGAAAGUAAAUGAAAACCCUGAUGCUGGAUGGGAAGCUGCCAUGAAUCCUCAACUUUCCAACUUCACUGUUGGCCAAUUCAAGUAUCUUCUUGGAGCCAAGCCAACUCCCAAAAAGGAACUGAUGGGUGUUCCUAUGAUAAGUCAUCCAAAAACCUUAAAGUUGCCAAAAGAAUUUGAUGCAAGAACAGCUUGGCCACAUUGCAGUACCAUUGGAAAAAUUCUAGAUCAGGGUCAUUGUGGAUCCUGUUGGGCAUUUGGUGCUGUUGAAUCACUAUCUGAUCGAUUUUGUAUCCAUUUUGGCAUGAAUAUAUCAUUGUCUGUCAAUGAUCUCUUGGCAUGCUGUGGCUUUUUGUGUGGAGAUGGUUGUGAUGGAGGGUAUCCGAUGUAUGCAUGGAGAUACUUUGUCCACCACGGGGUUGUCACUGAGGAGUGUGACCCAUAUUUUGAUAACAUUGGCUGUUCCCACCCUGGUUGUGAGCCUGGAUUUCCAACUCCAAAGUGUGUGAGAAAGUGCAUUGAUAAGAAUCAGCUCUGGAGGCAGUCAAAGCAUUACAGCGUUAAUGCAUAUAGAAUUAGUUCUGAUCCCCAUGAUGUUAUGGCUGAAGUUUAUAAGAAUGGACCAGUAGAGGUUUCUUUCACUGUUUAUGAGGAUUUUGCUCAUUAUAAAUCUGGAGUUUAUAAGCACAUUACAGGUGAAGUAAUGGGAGGUCAUGCAGUUAAGCUUAUUGGGUGGGGGACUUCUGAUAAUGGAGAGGAUUAUUGGCUUCUUGCAAACCAGUGGAAUAGAGGCUGGGGAGAUGAUGGUUACUUUAAGAUAAGGAGAGGAACAAAUGAGUGUGGUAUUGAAGAUGAUGCGGUUGCUGGUUUGCCUUCAGCCAGAAAUCUUGAUCUUGUUAGAGAGGUUGCCAGCAUGGAUGCUCUUGAAGAUGCUUUUGCUUGAUAGUAGAUCAUUGUACUUGCAAGUUCUGUAAUUUACGCAUCAGUCAUGAGUUACAGAGAUAUGUUAUGGGUGUGUCUGCUGUUCAGGCAUGAAACGAAACCAUAUUUAUGAAUCCAUGCUGUGUUGGUGCUUAUAUCAACUAGACAUUUGUUGUGAAUGCAAGAAAGGAACAAAUCUGUAAAUAAUGUAAUUGUCACACAUAGUAUAAGAGUCAACUGCUUUCUGCUUUCA